GGCAAUCGGAUCCAUCCAAUGAACGAAGGCUCUGAGAACCGAUGCCAGCGGUGCGUCCUUUUCAAACCAAUCGGAAGGCACACUUGGGACGAAGGCCCGCCUCUUUGCGUGUGCGCGUCCAAUCGGCGUUGAGCGCUCCUCGGCGAUGCGCGGAGUCCGGGCUGCUUCGGGAAGCGAUGAUGCAGGAUCUCUGAUGCUCUGUCCGCUCGUCUGGAUGCUCGAAAUAAAACCAUGCCGCAGCCAAAAUCCCGGAAAAUCGCCGUGUUGGGGUACAGAUCGGUGGGGAAGUCGUCGCUCACCAUCCAGUUCGUGGAGGGGCAGUUCGUCGACUCCUACGACCCCACCAUAGAGAACACGUUCACCAAGACGAUGACCGUGAACGGCCAGGAGUACAACCUGCAGCUGGUCGACACGGCCGGUCAGGAUGAGUACUCCAUCUUCCCCCAGAGUUACACCAUCGACGUGGACGGCUACAUCCUCAUCUACUCUGUGACGUCCUACAAAAGUUUUGAGGUGGUCAGAGUGAUCCACGAGAAGCUGCUGGACAUGGUGGGAAACGUCCAAGUACCAAUCAUAUUAGUUGGAAACAAGAAAGACUUACAUAUGGAGAGGGUGAUCGGUUUCGAGGAGGGGAAAGCUCUGGCGGAGUCCUGGAACGCGGCCUUCCUCGAGUCUUCAGCCAAAGAAAACCAGACGGCCGUGGAGGUGUUCAGGAGGAUGAUCCUGGAGGUGGAGAAGAUGGAGGCGGGUCAGCCGCAGGGUCGCUCACCCUGCUCUAUGAUGUAGCUUCCGAAACACACGUGUCCUCCACCCCCAUCACCGUCCACUGCAGCGACUGAUGGCUCGGCAGGCAGGCGAGACCGACUCUGAGGUCCGGUUACUGUUAGCUUCCACGUUAGUCCUCAUUUGUUCUGUUUACGCCUCACGCAGGCGAGUUAACACCAAACUCUGUUCAAAAAUGUUUCGAUUUAAUGUCGCUCUGCAUAUUGGACAACCUACACAAAUGACUCUGUGGUUUUCUCUCCAUGCCCCCAAAGAAUCGCCGUUAAAGCCUCACGGGCGACGUCGUCGUUAAACACCAACAGAAUAACCACGGUUUUAUCCUUGUUAAACUUGCAAGAUGGACAGAAAACCUCAGGAGCAUGUUUCACCUAUUCGAAGAGCAUCUUCGAAACAAAAAUCUUCUCUGAACUCGGUACUGGUGUUUAAAACUGGACUGCGAGCUGUAGAUGUUCAAAACAUCAACAGCGAGCUGGAAGGAAAUUUGGGGGGUUGGGGGUCUCUGUUGAGCUUGCAGCGAUCUUGCUUAGGUUUUUAGAGCUUCCUGCUCCAUGAAAAAUACAGUGGAGGGCUGGGUAGUAGUGAAGGGGUUUGAAAGUGGAUUUUAUUGAAAUACAUUUUUUUUUUUUUUUUUUUUAUGUGAGGAUUUGUAAAAAGGCAUCAAGUCUCCUUUCACAACGACAGUAUCCUGGCUAAUUUGCAAGACAACGCUAAAUUAAUUAGAUUUUCAAAUGGGGUUUGGUGCGGUGUUUGCUGUAUAUCAAGGAGGGCCUGGAAAUGAAAUAAUCGACUGGCACGUCAGUUGAAUCCGACACCAGAAAUUAUUAAGACACUUAGAAAAAAACAGCGCAUGAACGAAACACAUUUACUACAGAAGCUGAAAUGAAAAAUAUUACGAUUGACUGUGAUUCUGAUUCUUAGGACCAGUUUCAGGUGGGCUCGGAUGUUGUAAUUGCAUCAUAGGUUAAAAAAUGGAUUUUAAAAAUGAUUGAAUUACAUCAUUCUGCAGUGUGUCACUUUUAUAACUGACCACAUUUAUUAUAUCUGUUAAGUAGGUACAAUAGAUGCAUCUGAAGCUGGUCUGUAACUCCAUACUGAAGAUGACAACACUGUCGGCUGCACCCUUCAACUGAUCACUCUUCUAUAUUAAGACAAGACUUUUUAUAUGUUAAAAAAAAAAAAAUCCCCAAAAAAAUUUCUGUUUUUAUGAUUGUUCUCAUUAAAGCUGUGUUCUAUUGUUUGGCUAAAAAUCUGUGUCUUUA